UCACCUAAGCUCAAAGUAUGUCUUCAAGCCCUGAGCAACAGAGUUUGGACAGUCACAAUGCGACUGAUUUUGAUGCAGAUAUUGUGGUGUACAAAUAUCAUUACGAGGUGCACAUUAUAGCUGCUGUGCUCAUCAGCGGAGCCAUCUUGGGUUCGAUCGGUAACUGCUUCGUUAUCAUUGCAGUCGCCUUAUCUAAGAAACUCCAGACAGCCACCAACGUCUUUGUGGUCAACCUCGCUGUGGCAGACGUCACAACUUGUCUCUUCACACCCUGGCAAGCCGUGGCGAUCCUCGGUGGGGAUGAAUGGCCCAUACCAAGGGCUCCCUGGCUGUGCACGGCCUCUGCCUUCGUUGUUGUGACCACAAUCGGAUGUAGCAUCAACAACCUGGCCCUGAUCGCCAUCAACCGCUGGGUGGGUAUCACCAAGUCUCGCUUCACCACACAUCGCAUCUGCACCUCCCGUAAGCUCGCCCUGAUGGUGAUCUUCGCCUGGGCUGUUCCGCUCUGUUGCGCCUUGAUACCAGUCGUCACCGACGUCGGUGAACUUGGCUACGAAAAGCUGUACAAAUCUUGUACCUGGGUCAGAUCAAAUCCGUAUUCGAGUUACUACAGCACAUUUGUCACGGCAAUCAACUACCCGAUUCAGUUGUUUGCCAUUGUGGUCAGCUACACUUCAAUCUUCUGCUAUGUCCGGAAAACGUCGCAGAAGAUGGCCCGAGCAGAUGCCCCGUCUAUCUCGGAUAAGGUCAGCGGCGGAGUAUCUAGCCGCGCCAUGAGGAAGAAGCUGUGGAAGAGGCAACUUGACGUCACCAAGAACCUGCUCUACAUCGUCUUGGCGUUCGUCUUCUGCCUGAGCCCCUACUUCGUGUCUAUCAUUUCCUCUGCAGUCUGGAGUUACCGUCUAGCCCCUUGGGGAGCCGUUGUUUUGUUUUGUAACAGCUCCGUGAACCCUAUCAUCUACGCCACCUCGCACCCAGAUUUCAAAGUGGCUUUUAAGCACAUGUUAAGGUGUCAAAAUAUGCCAGUGGAACGGAAUGGGCGUUACAGAUCCACAGGAAACACGAGCUUGAAGACAUGGAGAGUUGUUCAGCAGAUGCCCAGGACUGCUCCGUUGUCAGGGCCAGAAGCUGGUCAUUGAGGGCUUGAAACGGUACAACAGCGAAUGGGCGAGCCUCGCAUGGUCUACGCCCCAAUAUUCCUUUGUUUAUUCAUUUUGGAAACGGACAAAGUAAAGAUGAUUGGACCCCUCGAUACACGCUGCAUUUUUUUGGAAAGAAAUUUCUUGAUGGCACCCCCAUGUGAGUUUCAGUAUUUAAACUACAGGAAUCUGCUACGGAAUCAGAGCCUUUUCUAAACAGCAGGUCUAUUUGAUAUCCAUUUGUUGGAAAAUCUUAACGUCAUGAUGACUUCACCACAAUUUGCGAAUUUUAAUUCAACAUAUUAGGCAAUGUCUGAUCGUUAUGAAAUUUUCUCAGUACGGUAACAGUUCCUUUCUGUUGAAAAGUGUCCUAUACUUCACCAUCGCGAACCAGAAAACGAAAACAAUAGCUUCGGCAGUGUGGCCGAAGCAGCUAAAAAGGGGUUCAAAAUGGCAGUUUUCUCCGCUAAAAGGUACAAUAUACCGGCUGUACUACUUUAACUGAAGCACCGUUUUCGGAUGUACUAAGGUUUUCUACAACAGAAUUCAGUGUUAAGAUUUAAUAAUGAAAUCACUGAAUUAUUCGUUAAAUAAAUGACCCCGUGCCAGGGACUCCUUCAUUUAAAUAAAAUAGGUGGAGGAGAAAUAUAUUUAUUUGCCGUCUACUCCGAUCUGAGCUGCGACGUAUUCAUUCACAAAUUAUUGUAAAGAUACUUUUGCAUAAAACACGUACAUGAAAUUGGCCAACUCCUUCACAAAAUCCAAGAAAGCACAUACUGACCUUGAAAAUGACCGCUCGGGUCAAACUCAAGGUGGUAAUGGUCGUGACUAAUAAUGAUCUAAUACGGUUUUUCUGCUGCCACCCAAAAAUGCUGUCUUGAGUGUAAAAUGUCAUUUUAGGUUGUCUUUUCAUUGAAGAUUGUAGGCCUACUGAGUCUGGCACUCACCAGGGAGGGAGGAAGGGAGCUGCUAAGGCUUACUUAAUUAAUAUGCCGCCGGUCACGAAUGAACUUUGGCGAAGCAGAUGACCGUCCACGUGCUUCAGCUGUUUGGAACACUUCAAGGGGGUGUUUAAUGGCAACGUUGACUGUAAAAUCUUCCCAAAAAGUUUAGCUAUAGGCCUUUUAUAUAAUUACCUAGUGACAAGUUUACGUGUCUCUUUUUCUUACCUUUUUUGUCAUUUUUAAUAACUCUCCUAUUUUUCGUCUGAUUGUAUAACAUUGUAUUAAGAUCCUGAAACUCUAGCAACUAGAUUUUAAACCUGCACAGCCUCUUUAGCAGAGCCAUUUAAUAGGGGAUGGCUUUUGGCAAAUUCAAACUUAUACUAUCGAUCUUAUGAUGUUGUUCGUCCAUCAAAACCUAUGAGGGUGCCAGUUACAGCUUGAAUCACUUGAGAAUGGCAGUCCCUCCAUCCUCUGAAAUUCUAAAUACACGUUUUCUGUUACCCGUAAAAUUUGAAAGUCAUUUUUGGACUAGUCACAGUUCGAAUAGUAAAGGGUGGCAGCAAUAGAUUUUUGAUUACAAACCUCUAAAAUGCACCUUUUUGCCUCAGUUAACCUAACUUUUAACUUCUGUUUCAUUAUUUUAAAGGGUAUUUUAACGCCUUUUUGGCUUUUAUGUUAAUGAGUGCAUUGAACCAUGUCUUCCCUAGAUGAUGUCACAGCAAUAGUGCCCUCAGUUCCAUGGAUAAUUUUAGUUAAUAGAAGAGAUAAACAUAAUCACCGCAGUGGAUGACAAAUAUAGUAAAACGAUAAUCGAUGACUCGCGGUGUCGUGUUGCUGGUAGCGACGUUUCGGCUGCUAGUGCUGCUAGCCUUCAUCAGGCAACUGAUACGACACCGCGAGUCAUCGAUUAUCUUUUUUACUAUAAUUUUAGUUAUUUAUAAACAUGCACUUUUCAGUACAUCGAACUAAAUAAGGCGUGUAAAAGAGUUUUCAUUCAACGAAGAAGAGUACAAAGAUGCAGAGAAAUUGUGUACAAUAAAACUGCAUUGCGCCUCCACUCUAAAACAGCCGUAGGCUACCACCUCGGCAAUGAUUCUUCCACAAUCGUGACACAUUAAAUCGCACCAAAUUCAAAAAGUAUCUGGCUGAAGUGACAUUAAUUUAUUCAUUUGUGUAAAAUAGGAAAUUGUGUAAAUUUAGGUAUUUAUCCUCCUCCGAAGUCUUUGUGUAAAUUGUCAGCAUACAAAGGAGAGAAUUGUCGGAAUUAAAAGACUGCCUUGUCAACUUACCUGAGACAUAUUUGUUCCGGGAUAGUUUGGAAAGCACCAUUAAUCAACGUGUUUUCAGGAGAUUUAUUUCAACGCGGUAUUUCCUGCCUUCUGUAAACUUGCAACGCGAAGCAAGGCAAAGCCAAGCGAGAACGUUUUUUUUUUACUGCUUGGCCAGCAAGCAAACUCAUUUUGAAUCCGGUGUAUCGAUCAAUCUUCUUCGACUUGGCUUGGCUUCGAGCUGGAUUUCUGGUGUUGAAUUAAGCAUCGAUGACAGAUGUUGUUCGGGUAUUUCUCCCGUUUCAGAAUCCUUAGGCUUCCUCCAACGAUUAUCGACCUCUUAAGUCGUGUCCUUUUCCUGGAACAAGUAGAUUACAUUCCAUUACACUAAAGACUGAGCAUAACAGAAUUUUUUCCAGUGUGCCAAAUAUAAGCAAUUGGUACAAUGGGAAACUGUAUGUAGUGGUUAUUUGCCUCAGUAAUAAUACUUCCACUAACUCAGAUCCACUACAUAGGUGAAACUUAUAGCCGUAUCUUUAAAAGACCAAUUUCAAUAAAGAGA